GAGAUUGACAACGUCUGGAUCUCCAGUAAACUGAGCCGGGAGCUGCCGCGCUACUUUGAGCUGUGUUUUGGUGAGGUGCGAAUCCGCACGGAUCUCCAGAAGGGCCCUGGGUUCCAACUGUCCGUCCCGGAGGCUCCCAGAGAAGCCAAUGGAAAUGAAAGCAGAGCAGACCUGAGUCUUAAACCCUCCCUGCUGAGGCUCCUUAGCCAGCUCUUUUCCAUCCACAUGGACUCCAUCAACAUCAUGGUUCUGCACGUGGCCACCUCAGAGUCCCUCUGGCACAUCCAGGCCAGCAAGACGCGUCUCCUCCUGAAUGGUGACGGGAAGAGCCUGACCUGCGAGGUGAGCCUGACAAAGGUGAACAGCAAAGUACUCCGGAGCAGCCAGCUGGAUGACACCUGCCUGGCAGAGCUGGCCCUGGCGCUCUCCCUCUCGCUGGAGAUCAACAGCAAGCGGCAGCUGGUGGGCGUCAGGCUGCACGUUUGGACUCUGCAGGCAGAGCUGCACGAAGGGCUCUUCUGCAGCCCGCUGCUGCACCGCAUCACUGCCGGGGCCCAGCGCAGCAGUGCAGCGGAACAGCCCAGCCCAGGCCCGGGAGAGACCCCGAAGUCCCUGUCUCUGCUGAGCAGGGACACGCUGCAGCUCGUCCCCAGGAGGGUGGAGGUGAAGCUGGAGAACACCAGUGUGGUGCUGUCUAUGAACAGCCAGAAGAGGCACCUCACCUGGAGCCUGAAGCUGCUGCAGUUUCUAUAUCAGCGUGAAGAGGAGCAGAUCCCACUGCGCAACUUCACGCCCACCUCAGACCUGGACCAAAUGAGUGUAGACCUCCAGCUGGAGGACGGCCUUCUCCUGUCCCAGAGCCGCCAGCGCAUCGUGUGCCUCAACUCCCUGAAGACCAGCGUGCAGGUCACAGCCAUUGACCUCUCGGCUGCUGUGCUGCUCAAUACCUGCAUCAUCCACUACCGCCACCAAGAGUUUUCACACUGGCUGGGCCUGUUGGCACAGGAAUACAGGUGCCAGCCAGUGCCUGUCCCCAGCCAAGGACACAAGGGAAGGAGCUAUCCCCAAAUCGUAGCGCCCAUCAUCCUGUGUGCCUCGCUGUCCAACGUCAAUGUGUCAGUGCAGCUGGGGGACACGCCACCCUUCGCCUUGGGCUUCAACUCCAUCUCUGCAGACUACCAGCACCUGCGGCCACAGAGUGUGCACCAGCGAGUGGUGCUGGCCGUGGACCACCUCUGCUGGCGCGUGGGCAACGACUCGCACAUCCAGCGUGCCCCACAUCCCCCCAACAUGCAUGUGUGGGGAGAAGCCCUCAUCCUCGACUCCUUCAACCUGCAGCUGGACUGCACCAUCCGGGGACUGCAAGUGGAGUCGUCAGACACCUGCACCGAGUGCCUGGCUAGGGUCCUGCCCCUGUUCUGCCUGCAGCACAGCAGAGCUGAGCUUGCCAAGCAGCCGCCCUCUGCCUCAAGCGAGCCCUGGGGCCUGCUCUGGAAGGUGGAUCUGAAGGUGGAGGACGUGAACCUUUUCACACUCUCAGCCCUGGUGGGCGCCCUGGAGCUGCGGCUGGACACGCUGACCGUCCUGGGGAGCGCCGAGAGCUGCACGGUCAGCGUCCAGGGCAUGGUGCUGGCCUUGGUGAAGAGCAUCACGGAGAAGAUGCAGCCAUGCUGCAAAGCUCCUGCCAUCCCCAACCCAGUGCUCAACCUCUCCAUGCUCUCCGUCACCUACCACAGCAGCAUCCGCUCCUUGGAGGUGCAGUGCGGAGAGGGGCUGGCAGUGCUGUGGAGCCCGCCCGACCACAUGCACUUGUACCAUCACACCCUGGCCACGCUGCAGUGCCACGAAGCCUUGCAGAGCGCCCUUGGCCACAGGACACCUCAUUCCCUGCCCCCAGAAAGCCCAAUGUUCCACCCGGCCACCCCUACUGAGACGCUGGGGCCCCUCCAGCCAGAUGGGACCCCCCCCAAAAGACUCCUAUCCCUGUCACUGGAGCUGAGCUCUGCCAAGCUCACAGCCUUUGUCUCUGAAGCCAACUACAUCAGCCUGGCCGCUGAAAGGACCUCCGUGAGCUGGCACGGCGGUGCCCUGCAUGGCUACUGCCCUGAGCUGGCCGCCGGCUUUGAUGGACACAGCAUUUUCAGCUUCAAGGAGGUGGAGGUGAAGCUGCUGCCAGAGCUGGAGGAGGUCAUCUUGCACCGCUGCGCCUUCCCCACCCUGCGCACCCUCCGCAACCGUGGCUGGGCCUUCUCCUUUGCCAGCGUGACCAUCGAGUUCCCCUACCAGUACGACUUCUCCCGCACGCUGGAUGCCGCCGUGGGGGUGCAGAAGUGGCUGAAAGGUCUGCACCGGCGUGGGCACCCUGCCAGCACGGCGCUUCCCCCCGACCUCCUGCUCAAGGUGACGCACUUCUCCUGGGUCUUCCUGGAUGACGUCUUCGAGGUCAAGUUACGAGACAACUACGAGCUGAUGAAGGACGAAAGCAAGGAGAGCGCCAAGCGCUUGCAGCUGCUGGACGCCAAGGUGGCCGCGCUGCGCAAGCAACAUGGUGAGCUGCUACCUGCCCGCAAGAUCGAGGAGCUCUAUGCCUCACUGGAGAAGAAGAACAUCGAGAUCUACAUCCAGCGCUCGCGGCGCCUCUAUGCCAACACGCCUAUGCGGAGGGCCCUCCUCACCUGGACCCUGGCCCACCUGGAGCUGGUGGCCAUGGCCGAUGAGUCCUUCCAUGGCACGGAGCGUGUGUUGGAGCAGAUGAGGGACCUGGAUAGUGUCAGCCCGUUCCCCCCUGAGGGUCUGGAGAUGGUCACCCAGUGGUGCCGCAUGAUGAAGGGCAGAGUUGGCAGCUUCUUCGUGCGGAUCCGUGACUACCCUCGCUACCUCUUUGAGAUACGGAACUGGCAGCUCUCGGGCCGGCUGAUCGGAGCCGAGCAGUGCGGCCAGGCCUGCUCCCGGCGCCGCCAGGUCCUGAAGCUGGGGCUGCCCUGGGGGGACGCGACGGUGGAGAGGAACAUGCCGCCCUUGAAGUUCUACCAUGACUUCCAUUCUGAGAUCUCCCAGUACACCAUCGUGUGGGGGCCCUGCUGGGACCCGGCCUGGACCCUGAUCGGCCAGUGCGUGGAUCUCCUCACCAAGCCCUCAGAGGACCCCAGUGCCCCGUUGCCCUGGUGGGACAAGAGCCGUCUUCUCUUCCAUGGGGACUGGCACAUGGACAUCGAACAGGCCAACCUGCACCAGCUGGCCACUGAGGACCCCUACAACACCACGGAGAACAUGCACUGGGAGUGGAGCCACCUCUCUUUUCACUGGAAGCCUGGGCAGUUCAUCUUCAAGGGCAACCUGGACAUCAACGUCCGGACAGCCUCCAAAUAUGACGACUGCUGCUUCCUGCACCUGCCUGACCUGUGCAUGACGCUGGACCUGCAGUGGCUGUGCCAUGGGAACCCCCACGACCACCAUGGUGUGGUGCUGCGCUCCCCUGAGUUCCUGCCCGAGGUGCCGGUGGGGCAGCAGUACGACUCCUACCGUGCCUUCCGCUCCGAGAACCUCAACCUCUCCAUCCGGAUGGACCUGACGCGGCCCAGUGAGGAGCACUCCCAGCCCCGGAUCCUGCUCUACAGCAGCACCCUCCGCUGGAUGCAGAACUUUUGGGCCACGUGGACCAGCGUGACGCGCCCCAUCUGCCGCGGGAAGCUCUUCAACAACAUGAAACCCAGUAAGAAGAAGCUGGGGCAGCAUUACAAGCAGCUCUCUUACACUGCGCUCUUUCCCCGGCUGCAGGUGCAUUACUGGGCCUCCUUUGCCCAGCAGCGGGGGAUCCAGGUGGAGUGCUGCCAGGGGCACAUCUUCACUCGCGGCACCCAGCGGCUCAUCCCACAAGCCGGCACAGUGAUGCGACGCCUGAUUUCGGAGUGGAGCAUCACGCAGAUGGUGAGCGACCUGAGCCAGGUCACCGUGCAUCUCAUGGCCUCCACUUGCGACGAGAACGCCGACCACCGUCUCGACACCCUGGUGAAGAAAACCCACCUGCUGAGCCUGUCCUCCCUCACCUACCAGAGGCACAGCAACCGCAUGGCUGAGGAGGAGCUGCCCCUGCGGGAUGGAGACGAUGGUUUCCACACGCACCAGCUGCACCUCGUGGACCUGCGGGCGUCCUGGACCACCACCAACCGGGACAUCGCCUUCGGCCUCUACGACGGCUAUAAGAAAGCGGCUGUGCUCAAGCGCAACCUGUCCACCGAGGCCCUGAAAGGGCUCAAGAUUGACACGCAGCUGCAAGCCAAAAAGCUGAAGCGGGGCCCACUCUCUGCUCACUCCGCCCCUGCCAGAGUGACCGCUCCCAUCAUCAGCGGACGUCCCGAGAGAGCCUCCUCGGGGGGAGCCUACAUGCUGCAGAAGCUCAUUGAGGAGACAGACAAGUUUGUGGUCUUCACGGAGGAGGAAUCGGGGGCUAGCGAGCAGCUGUGCGGCAUCGCCGCCUGCCAAACCGACGACAUCUACAACCGCAACUGCCUCAUCGAGCUGGUCAACUGCCAGAUGGUGCUGCGCGGUGCAGAGACAGAGGGCUGCGUGAUUGUGUCCGCCGCGAAGGCCCAGCUGCUGCAGUGCCAGCACCACCCCGCCUGGUAUGGGGACACGCUGAAGCAGAAGACGUCCUGGACCUGCUUGCUGGAUGGCAUGCAGUACUUUGCCACGACGGAGAGCGGCCCCACCGAGCGGGAGCACGGGCAGCUCUGGCUGGAGGUGAAAAAUAUUGAGGAGCAUCGGCAACGGAGCCUGGACUCGGUGCAGGAGCUGAUGGAGAGUGGGCAGGCGGUGGGGGGCAUGGUCAGCACCACCACAGACUGGAACCAGCCCUCAGAAGCCCAGCAGACCCAGCAGGUGCAGAGGAUUAUCUCUCGCUGCAGCUGCCGCAUGUACUAUAUCAGCUACAGCCAUGACAUUGACCCUGAGCUGGCUACGCAGAUAAAGCCCCCCGAGACUCCUGCCAACCAGGAGAAGGAGGAUCUGCUGAAGAAGCAGGAGGGAGCUGUGGACACGUUCACACUGAUCCACCAUGACCUGGAGAUCUCCACCAACCCCGCGCAGUAUGCCAUGAUCCUUGACAUAGUCAACAACCUGCUGCUGCAUGUGGAGCCCAAACGCAAGGAGCACAGCGAGAAGAAACAACGGGUGCGCUUCCAGCUGGAAAUCUCCAGCAACCCCGAGGAGCAGCGCAGCAGUAUCCUACACCUGCAAGAGGCCGUGAGGCAGCACGUCGCCCAGAUCCGGCAGCUGGAGAAGCAGAUGUACUCCAACGUGAAGUCCCUGCAGGAUGACAGCAAAAACGAGAGCCUGCUUGACCUCAACCACAGGCUGCAACAGCAGCUGAGCCAGGAGAAAGCUGACCUGCAGCUGGAGAGCGAGGAGCUGAACAUACUGAUCAGGUGCUUCAAGGACUUCCAGCUACAGCGAGCCAACAAGAUGGAGCUGCGAAAGCAGCCAGAAGACGUGAGCGUGGCGCGGCGGACCGAGUUCUACUUCGCCCAGGCACGCUGGCGCCUGACCGAGGAGGACGGGCAGCUGGGCAUAGCCGAGCUGGAGCUCCAGCGCUUCCUCUACAGCAAGGUCAACAAGUCUGACGACACGGCCGAGCAUCUGCUGGAACUGGGCUGGGUCACGAUGAACAACCUCCUGCCCAAUGCUGUGUACAAGGUGGUGCUGCGUCCCCAGAGCUCCUGCCAGUCUGGCCGGCAGCUGGCACUGAGGAUCUUCAGCAAGGUCCGGCCACCCGUGGGAGGCAUCUCCAUCAAGGAGCACUUCGAGGUGAACGUGGUACCCCUCACCAUCCAGCUCACCCACCAGUUCUUCCACAGGAUGAUGGGUUUCUUCUUCCCCGGCCGCAACGUGGAGGAGGAGGAGGUGGGGGAUGAGGAAGACAAGUCCAAGCUGGUGACGACAGGGAUUCCUGUGGGGAAGCCGCGGCAGCUGAUCGUGGCCGAUGACUCGCUGGGCCCAGGGAAGGGAGUCGCUCAGGGACUGAAUCGGACGUCAGGGGUCAGAAGAUCAUUCCGAAAAGCACCUGAGCAUCCCGUGGAUGACAUCGACAAGAUGAAGGAGCGCGCAGCCAUGAACAACUCCUUCAUCUACAUCAAGAUCCCGCAGGUGCCGCUCUGCGUCAGCUACAAGGGCGAGAAGAACAGUGUGGACUGGGGCGACCUGAACCUGGUGCUGCCAUGCCUGGAGUACCACAACAACACGUGGACGUGGCUGGACUUCGCCAUGGCGGUGAAGAGGGACAGCCGCAAAGCCUUGGUGGCACAGGUUAUCAAAGAGAAGCUACGCCUG